UCUUUUUGUAGCCUGCAUUGAAAAUGCUAAAACGUCAUUAUUUUUUGUUUAUCUGUUGUUUACAUUAUCCGAAGCACCGCGUAAACAGUGAAGGAAGCAGAAGCAGCGAAUAUUUGUGGUAUUACUAAGCUGAAAAUUAAGCGUUUUUAUUGCAAUUUCGUCGUCGGUGAGCAUGAAGUGCUUCGUGCCGACCUGCCGCAGUGAAUUCACUCGCAACUCCAAGAAAAACGGAUGGAAAUCCAAACAUCGAUUUCCUAAAAAUACCGCGCAACGUUAUGGCUGGUUGCAGGCUAUAGCUAAUGCGGAAAACAUUACAAUUAACGUCGAAAGCAUAAACUUCCGAACAGCACGAGUAUGUUCGGAACACUUCACGGACUCUUCGUUUUGUUUCCGGAAAAGCAAGAGGUUUCUCACCGACGAAGCAGUUCCGACAGUGUUUCAAAGCAAUAAAGAAAAUUGCAGCGAAUUUCUUGUAUCCGAACUGGCUGGUUCGGUUACCACACAACAGCUGGAUUCUGGCCCAGUUAGCGAUACUCAUCAGGAUCAUCGACGAUCCGGCUUUGGCAGUAUACAACGUACCUUCAAUGUGGGUGCGGAUCAGCUGCUUCCUCAGCACCGUACACUUCGUUCUCCCAUUUCAAACAAUCUCGAGCACCACCAUUCGAUCAAACACCACAACAACAAUUUGCUGGAUGCCUCCACCAAAACUGCCAACACGGAUGAAUCAGGUGCAUCUGCGCCAACUGCACAGAACAAAGUCGGUACAGAAAACGGUAAUCGUAGAAGGUAAUAUUUUGACACUAAGGUUUUUUUAUAUAUAAGGAAGUUACUGAUAUGAUUCUUCAUUGACUGAAGCAUUCAUUAUUAAAUAUAGAUAUAAUCAUUAUAACCAAACAUUAUGUAUACACUAGACGCAUCCGUUAUGCCGGUGACCUCGUUGGAUACGACCCAACAGACGCAGAGAAGGUCAUUGCUCUGCCUAAGGAAUUGGCAUCCCUAUUCAAACUCACGUAUUUUGAUCGUAGCCAACAUACAAUCGGCUCAAGCACCCCCAGCGUGCGGCUCAAGCUUUGACAACCUCGCGAGCUGUCAUUAUUAUUCUUUGUUUUCUGCUUUAUUAUUGUUUUUGGUUCGAAACGUUUGAACGGUUUCCUCAGAAAGUUAGGAUAAUUCUUGAAAAUAUCGCGAUUUUAACGAAGCUUUCUGGAAUAUUAAUUCAAUCAGCAUUCAUAUUCACUGGGGGAUGGUGCAUCGGGUGCUGAGUUGGUUGAAUUGUCGUUCAAUAGAGGAUAACUAUGUGCAGAACAGCUCAUCAAACAACAACGCAUAUCGAUGUCCCAUUGAAUUUCCGCCCAGAAAAAGGAAAAGACGAAAAAGCCCCUGGUUACAUAGAAUGAGUAGCUGCGUUAAUAAAUUAAUGAACGGUGAAGUUUCUACGAUCUUUACUGCGGAGGAAAACAACAUAUUCGCUGGACACUGGAAAUAAACACGGACUAAUGCGGAUUAUGAUGCAAAAUACUAUUGUGAAAGUUGACAUGAUUGUUUCAUAUUUUUACGUUGCCGUUUUGUGAGUUAAUAGUUUGUUGUGUGUUGACAAUAAUCCUGUUUUAGUACUCAAAAAAUCGUUUGUUGAUACUUAAUAGUAACUUUUCAAUUUGCUUUUCUUGGCGUUACAUCCCAACUGGAUAAAAGCUUACUUCCCAGCUUAGCAGUUGCAAUUGAGUACUUGCACAUUCAUUUAACUGAGAGCUUUACUGUCCCUAUUAAUAAAAUAGUCACAUCUCAGGGUUUCAUAUUCACGAGCGACUCAUCUCGCUAGUAGUCUUUCUAUUCAAUUCUUUUUUAAAAAUGCUUUUCUGACAUAUAAACAGUCCAGAGAAGGGAAUAGCCCAACAGAAUAAAGUAAAGCAAAGCCUUUUUAGGCACGGUUUAAAAACCA